GCGGCUGCCGCCAGCGACUGCGCCGAGCCUGGGAGUCGCCGCGCUCCGCAACAGCCCUGUGCGGUCGCCCGUGUUGCAGACCGGCCCCUCCGAGAUGGGGAGCCGCCGGGGCCUGCGCCAGUCGCGGGCCGGCCUCUCCCUGCUUCUGGCCGCCCUGCAGCUUCUGCCCGCGACGCAGGCCGGAGACCUCGUGGAUGUCCUCAAGGUCCUGGGUGUGCGUGGGGGCCAGGCGGGGGUCCCUGAGGGGCCUGGCUUGUGCCCCCAGCGGGCUCCCGAGGGUGACCGGGCAUUCAGAUUGGGAAAGAUCAGCUUGCCUAGUGUCCCCACACAGGAGCUUUUUCCAGAUGGACGCUUUCCUGUCAACUUCUCGGUGAUGGCCACUCUUCGGGCCCAGCCAGCCAACCAGUCUGUCCUUCUGUCCAUCUACGAUGAGAGGGGUGCCCGGCAGCUGGGGCUGGCACUGGGGGCGGCCCCAGGUCUCCUGGGUGACACCUUCAGUCCCCAUCCCCAACCACCCAACCUUGCGGAUGGCACGUGGCAUCGCCUGGCGGUCAGUGUGGAUGGUGACAAGGUGACACUGGUGGCUGACUGUGAGCCUCAGCCUUCUGUGUCCAGCCAGGGACCUCGAUCCAUCAGCACCGCCGGCCUCACCAUCCUGGGGACACAGGACACUGAAGAGGAGACUUUUGAGGGAGACAUCCAGGAGCUACUGAUAAGCCCAGACCCCAGGGCUGCUUUCCAGGCCUGUGACCAGUACCUGCCUGGCUGUGACAAACCGGACCCCACAACCUCAGGGCGUCCCCAGGCUGACCCAGAGAGUCCUUCUCCUCGACGCAAGGGCAAGGGGAAAGGAAAAGGAAAGAAAAAGGGGCAGGGUCGCAAGGGGAAGGGCAGGAAGAACAAGAACAAGGGAAACCUGGCCCCCAGCCCCUCUCCUGCGUCCCUGUCCCCGGAGAGCCAGGCCACCACUGACGCCCCCCAGCCCGAGUCACCGGUUCCAAACCCGCCUGAGCCCCCCACGCCUGUAGCCCUCCCUUCCACGGUGACCUCGGCUGUGACCCUGGGCCACCACAGCGCCAUCCUGGAGGGGGAACCGGAGCCUCAAGGUGGAACCCAGCUCAGUCUUCCUGAUGCAGAGGCAGCCGGAGAGGAGGAAGAAGGAGGGGGCUCCACUCUCGACCCCAAAUUCCGGGCAGCAGAAAAGCCUUUUCAGACUGAGUUCCACAUCUUCCCUGGCGCUGGAGAGAAGGGGGAGAAGGGAGCGAAGGGCGAACCCGCAGUUGUUGAGCAGGGUCAGACAUUUGAGGGACCUCCAGGAGCCCGGGGACCCCAUGGGGUGGCUGGUCCCACAGGCCCCCCUGGGCCCCCAGGAUUCCCCGGGGACCGUGGUCCUCCGGGCCCUGCUGGCCACCCAGGAACCCCUGGCAUGGACGGAGUCCGGGGUCUCCCAGGCACGGUGGUGCUGAUGCCGUUCCGUUUUGCAGGCAGCUCCCAGAAGGGCCCCCCAGUGUCGUUCCAGCAGGCCCAGGCCCAGGCCGUGCUGCAGCAGACCCAGCUUUCCAUGAAAGGCCCCCCUGGCCCGGUGGGGCUCACUGGCCGCCCAGGGCCUGAGGGUCUCCCUGGAUACCCCGGUCUGAAAGGAGAAGCAGGGGAAAUGGGGCCACAGGGUCCACGAGGGCUGCAAGGACCUCCUGGGCCCCCUGGCAGGGAGGGCAAGAGGGGCCGCUCUGGAGCAGAUGGUGCGCGGGGGCUGCCGGGAGACACAGGACCCAAGGGCGACCGGGGCUUCGACGGCCUCCCAGGACUGCCUGGAGACAAGGGGCAGAGGGGCGACUUCGGCCGUGUGGGGCAACCAGGCCCCCCGGGAGAGGAUGGUGACAAAGGAGCAGAGGGACCCCCAGGGCCCACUGGCCAGGCUGGGGAGCCGGGUCCCCGAGGUGUAAUCGGCCCCCGAGGCUCCCCUGGCCCCCUGGGACGCCCGGGCAUCACCGGAAGUGACGGAGCUCCUGGCGCCAAAGGCAAUGUGGGUCCGCCUGGAGAGCCAGGGCCGCCCGGACAGCAGGGAAAUCACGGGGCCCAGGGGAUCCCCGGUCCCCAAGGACCCAUCGGCACCCCAGGGGAGAAGGGCCCUCCUGGAAACCCAGGUAUUCCAGGUCCCCCAGGAGCUGAUGGCCCUGUGGGUCACCCAGGCCAUGAGGGUCCCACAGGCGAGAAAGGGGCCCAGGGGCCACCAGGCUCGGCAGGGCCUCCAGGCUACCCUGGACCCCGGGGUGUGAAGGGUACCUCAGGCCAUCGAGGCCUCCAAGGAGAAAAAGGAGAGAGGGGAGAGGACGGCUUCCUUGGCUUCAAGGGUGAUGUGGGCCCAAAAGGCGACUGGGGACAGCCGGGGCCUCCCGGUCUCCGUGGAGAGGACGGUCCUGAGGGGCUGAAGGGGCCGGAGGGGCUGGCGGGAGAGGAGGGGUCUCCGGGCGCCGCUGGCGAGAAGGGCAAUCUUGGCGUGCCCGGUCUCCCAGGAUAUCCAGGACGCCCAGGACCCAAGGGAUCCACUGGGUUUCCUGGGCCCUUGGGGCCACUGGGAGAGAAAGGAAAGCGGGGGAAGGCGGGCCAGCAGGGGCAGGAAGGAGAGCGAGGACAGCCGGGCUCCCGUGGAGAGAGGGGGCAGCCGGGGGCCACAGGACAACCGGGCCCCAAGGGUGAUGUGGGCCAGGACGGGUCUGCAGGAAUCCCUGGAGAAAAGGGCCUCCCCGGAUUGCAAGGCCCCCCGGGAUUCCCUGGGCCGAAGGGCCCCCCUGGUCCUCAGGGCAAAGAGGGGGUACCAGGGCACCCUGGGCAGAGAGGAGAAUUGGGCUUCCAAGGUCAGACGGGCCCACCUGGACCAGCAGGUGUCUUGGGUCCUCAGGGCAAGAUAGGAGACGCAGGUGCCCUGGGUGAGAGAGGGCAUCCCGGCCCUCCCGGGCCUCCUGGUGAACAUGGGCUGCCGGGCCCGGAAGGUGGAGAGGGGGCCAAGGGGGAGCCAGGACCCUUAGGACCUGCUGGGAAGGAGGGGCCACCAGGACUGAGGGGCUUCCCCGGCCCCAAAGGUGCCCCUGGGGACCCUGGACCCUCUGGAUUGAAGGGUGACAAAGGUCGCCCUGGUCCUGUCGGGGCCAUCGGCUCCCCUGGUGAGCGGGGUCCCCUGGGCCCAUCAGGUGGCAUUGGGCUCCCUGGCCAAAGUGGCAGCCAAGGACCCGUGGGUCCUGCAGGCGAGAAGGGGUCCCCGGGAGAACGCGGUGUGCCGGGCCCCACCGGAAAAGAUGGGAUCCCAGGUCCCUUGGGGCUUCAGGGCCCCCCUGGAGCUGCAGGCCCUGCGGGAGAGGAGGGGGACAAGGGGGAGGUGGGUGACCCCGGUCACAAGGGCAGCAAAGGCGACAAGGGAGAUGCGGGCCCACCUGGACCCACCGGCAUAAGGGGUCCCGUGGGACACCCAGGACCUCCAGGAGCUGAUGGAGCUCAGGGACGCCGGGGACCCCCAGGCCUCUUUGGACAGAAAGGAGACGAUGGAAUCCGAGGCUUCACGGGGGUGAACGGCCCCCCAGGCCCUCAAGGGCUUCCAGGCCCUCCAGGAGAGAAGGGGGAGGUUGGAGACGUGGGGUCCAUGGGUCCCCAUGGAGCCCCAGGUCCUCGAGGUCCCCAUGGCCCCAGUGGAUCAGAGGGCCCAGCAGGGCUUCCUGGGGGCAUUGGUCAGCCAGGCGCCGUGGGUGAGAAGGGAGAGCCAGGAGACACUGGGGACCCAGGACCUCCAGGACCUCCAGGAACUCAGGGCCCCAAAGGUGAAGUUGGUGAGAAGGGGGACUCAGGUCCAUCUGGUGCAGCUGGACCCCCCGGCAAGAAAGGUCCUCCUGGAGAGGACGGACCCAAAGGGAACAUGGGCCCCAUGGGGUUGCCUGGAGAUCUAGGGCCCCAGGGAGACCCUGGACCUCCAGGAACAGAUGGCUUUCCAGGGGUGAAGGGAGACCUUGGUGAUGUCGGGGCACCAGGGCCGCCUGGUGCUUCUGGGGAACCUGGUGCCCCCGGACCACCUGGCAAGAGGGGUCCCUCAGGCCGCACAGGUCAAGAAGGCAGAGAAGGGGACAAAGGUGCCAAGGGGGAGCCAGGUCCUGACGGGCCCCCAGGAAGCACAGGCCCUAUGGGGCCUCAAGGGCCCCCAGGACGAGCAGGACCAGAGGGCCUCCCAGGGAUCCCUGGCCCUGUGGGAGAACCAGGCCUUUUGGGACCCCCUGGGCUGAUGGGCCCCCCAGGCCCCCUGGGCCCCCCUGGCCUCCCAGGGCUGAAGGGAGAUGCUGGCCCAAAGGGGGAGAAGGGCCAUUUGGGACUGCAAGGCCUCAUAGGCCCCCCUGGCGAGGCUGGAGAGAAAGGGGACCAGGGACUUCCAGGCACACAGGGCCCCCGGGGCCCCCAGGGAGAUGCUGGGCCCCCCGGUUCUAUGGGCUCUUCCGGCUCCCCUGGGCCCCCCGGUGUAGCGGGCCCUGUGGGGCAGAAAGGCUCCAAAGGCUCCCCGGGAUCACUUGGUCCUCGCGGCGACACUGGACCCCCAGGGCCCCCUGGCCCCCCGGGUCCCCCAGGCGAGCUCCCAGGGCUGCAGGGCCACCGCCGCCGCCGUCGCAGUGCAGUACCAGAAGGCGGCCUGGAGGAGGUGCUGGCUUCGCUGGCGUCACUGAGCUCCGAACUGGAGCAGCUACAGCGCCCUCCGGGCACUGCCCGGCACCCAGGCCUCGUGUGCCACGAGCUGCACCGGCACCAUCCGCACCUGCCUGACGGCGAUUACUGGAUCGACCCAAACCAGGGCUGUGCCCGGGAUGCGUUCAGGGUUUUCUGCAACUUCACGGCAGGAGGACAGACCUGCCUGUAUCCAGACAAAAGGUUUGAGAUGGUGAAGCUGGCCUCCUGGUCCAAGGAGAAACCUGGAAGUUGGUACAGCACCUUCCGGCGGGGGAAGAAGUUCUUCUACGUGGACACCGACGGGGCCCCGGUGAACGUGGUCCAGCUGAGCUUCCUGAAACUGCUGAGCGCCACGGCCGAGCAGCGCUUCACCUUCUCCUGCCAGAACGCGGCCGCCUGGCUGGAUGCGGCCGCGGGUGACCAUGCCCGCUCGCUCCGCUUCCUGGGGACCAAUGGCGAGGAGGUGUCUUUCAACCAGACGGCAGCGGCCACCAUCGAGGUCCCCCACGACGGCUGCCGGCUCCGCAAGGGACAGGCGAAGACCAUCCUGCAGCUGCGCUCCUCCCGGCCGGGCUUCCUGCCCCUGCUGGACGUGGCGGCCGUGGACUUUGGCCAGGCAAACCAGAAGUUUGGCUUUGAACUGGGCCCUGUGUGCUUCAGCGGCUGAGCGCCUGGGGACAGGAGGAUGGCGCAGAAGCUCCUGCGCGGGCUCACACGCGAAGCCGUCGCCGCCGCCGCACUUACCAUCUCCGGGACUCCGCAGCCGGGCGGUGGGAACCUGCUGGUUGUGGUCGUGUGAUGUCCCUUGACCUCUCCGAGGGAUGGCGGGAGACAGACUCCCGCACCCUGGCCGGCCCCGAGGGCCUGGCUCUGGUGGCAUCGUCGUCUCCGUAGUCUGGUCCCUCCUGUCCCCCGCCCAGAGCCUGCAUACAAUGAACUUUUCAGUCCAAGCUGAAGGCUGCCCGCGCCACCACCCUCCACCCGAGCCCUUUGGUGCUACCUUGUCCCCCAUAGUUAAGCACUGGAUGUCUGCUGGAGACAAGUGGGGCCCUGCUCACCCCAUUCUCACGUGGGGCCUCAAUGAAGGGACCAAGUCAGACUCUGCUCCCCCAGCCCCCCACGCGCCCAGCCGGCUCCCAAGCUCGCCUUGCUGUGCCAGGUGUGGCGAAUCAGGAUCCUUAUGGUGCUGCCCUAUUUAUCCCCGGGUCUGUACGGAAGGGAAAAUCCCCUCUGUGGUGUAUUUAAUCUGUUUCCUCCCUAGGGAAAGCUGGGAUAAGAAGAGAAACUCCAGCACCCCCUUUCCACCCACUGCUUCCCAUUCACCAGGCCAUAGAGCAAAACUGGCUUCUCAAGUCUGAGAAUAAACCAAUGAACUGUG